AGGAUAUGAAGAUGAAAUGAGAAAAAUUGUUGAUACAAUUAGUAAAGCCUGUUGUGAGUAUGGUUUUUUCCAAAUUGUGAAUCAUGGUGUACCCCUUGAUCUCACUAGUCAAGCUCUAAAGGUGUCCAAGUCUUUCUUUGAAUCUCCAACUGAAGCCAAACUCAAAUGUUCUCCACUGCCUAAUGUACCUGUUCCUGCAGGCUAUAACAAGAAGCCUAAUCCUUCUUAUGAGUUUAGUGAAUUCCUUAUUAUGCUUCCACCUGGUUCUGACUUCAAUAUCUUCCCAGACAAUCCUCCUCAAUUUCGAGAGGUGAUGGAAGAGUUAUUCUCCCAAUUCAUGAAGAUAGGAAUGGUUGUCGAAAGAAUCCUAAGCGAGUGUCUGGGGCUUCCUUCCUGUGUUCUUGAAGAACUUAACAAUGACAGAAGCUGGGAUUUCCUCAUUGACUUGCCGGCAACAGAGAAAGAAAGGAUAGGAUCAAAUCCACAUAAAGAUUUCAGUUGCUUCACAAUUGUUUUACAAAAUGAAGUUGCAGGCCUGGAGGUUCAAAAGGAUCCUAAUAGCCCCACAACCAGGUGCCCUUGUAGUCAACAUUGGUGAUGCUCUUCAGGUCCUUACGAAUGACAAAUUCAAGAGUCGUGGUGAGACCAAAUGGAAGAUGAAGGAAUUCAUUUGCGUUCUUCCACAAUUUAUCAGGGGAUAAGUGGAUUCAACCACUGCCCCAGUUCACAAAAGAGAUUGCAGAACCACCAAAAUACAGGCCAUUCUUGUAUAAAGAGUAUCUACAGAAAAGAAGAGAAAGCAAGUCUAAGAUGAGAUUACCAUAUCGCAUUAUGCAAUCCCUGAAGAGUGAUAUUAGACAA